UCGAAUUGGGCCAAAAUGGAUUUUACCCUGCUGACGAUUGCCCUCGUGCUCUCACCUGUACUUCUAUUUGCACCUGUCCGCUGUCAGGUGGCCUCCUGCAAUGCGGGGAGCGGUGCUGUCCGCCAGAAACGCAUCGUUUUCCGCAGCCCGGGAACAGGUGAGAUGGCCAAGUUGGACACUUGCCAGUACCGCGUGGCGCCAUGGAGCGUACAGGUGUGUCAGGUGCGCUUGGACUUCGAGCGUUUGGAGCUGCCGCAGCCGCAGUUGAAUGCCAGUUCCGGACUGCUGGAGUGCGUUGAUUUUCUGCAGAUUCAGCAUUUCCGGCUCUGCGGUCGCAGCAGCGGUCAGCACUUGUAUUUACCGAAUGGCCGGGGUCAGGAGCUGCAGCUUUUGUUCCGGCUGGCCACGCCCCUCGGCAAGCAGUCCAGCUGGCAGGUGACUCUCACCCAGCUGGAGUGCCCCAGGGACUCUGGUGCAUCAAACACAAGGCAACCCGAGGUUCAGACACCAACUGUGCGGCCGUUGCUCCCAUUUUUGGGCAACUUCCUGCCGCGCACCAUUUUCGGCGGACAAAGUGGAAUCGGUUCGGGUUCCGGUCCUGCUGCCCAGCUCAUCCAGACCUUAACCUCGCCCUCAUUGACUGAUCUGGAGAUGCUGGCGCCGCUGGGCUGCGAUCAGUACUUCAGGACCGCGACUGGCGGCAUCGUGAGCUUCAAUUUCGCUGGUGGCAUCUAUAUGCCCAACAUGAAAUAUUCGAUUUGCGUCAAGGGAGCGGCAGAUAGCGAGAUAAGCUACAAGAUCGAGCACUUUGAGCUCUCAAAGGCGAACGCCGAGCAGCAAGGACCUGCCUACGACACCGAUUGCCGCAGCACAGUGUUGACCCCGUUGCGUGCAUCCGACUAUCUGAGCAUUCCCAAUGCCUACAUGGUCGGCAGGCCGGAGCUGCAGGCCACUUAUUACUGUGGCAAUGGAUUGGGCGGCCAGGAACUGGUGGCCCGACCACCGUUCGUCCUGCGAUUCGCCAGUGAUUCGCAGUCCAGUGGCUCCGAAACGGGCUUCCAGCUGACCUACACGGUCCGCCGGUCACAGGAUACUCCUCCUCCGUUGACCACAGAACUGUAAAUUGGCAUAAAUAAAGCCGCAGUCUUAACUAAAUCAACGCACACAAGUCAGCUGGAAUUGACAUUAUUAAAUGCUGCAGUGAUACUCGCACUGUGAACCAGGACAUUCCAUGCCCACGGAUUUGCCUUAAUUAAAUGCCCGGCUCCGGCAUUAAGUCACAUGUAUCCGUAUCUCAGUAUAUGCAAAUAAAUUAU